ACCCAGCCCCUGGUGGUGGCGGGGGGGGGUCCAUCUCCUGCUGCAGGGGUCCCGGCUGGGGGAAGGGGGAGGGGCUGCAGGGGGGGCGAGUGAACGCGGCGCCCCGGGGCGAGCACUCGGAGGGAUGUCGGAGGGGCGCGGCAAUGACAGUGCGGUGGGGGGGCCGCAGACCCCAGGGCCCCAGGAGGGGUCCCCGAACUCCCCCCACGCCGAGCUGUACGAGGAGUACGAGUACGAGUACAAUGUCUCCUUCGAGGGACUCUCCGCUAACAAAUACUCCAUCGUGAUUGGCUUCUGGAUCGGCCUGGCCGCGUUCAUCGUCUUCCUCUUCACCGCGCUGGCGCUCAUGGUCAACAUGACCAACAGGAGCGCGCUGCGAGGUGCGGGGUGCGAGCUGAGCCACGAGCGGCGGCGCUGGCACCGCGGCAGCAGCAGCGGCGGCGGCGCCUCCCCCGGGGGUGCCGCCCGACUGGUGCUGGACCAGGGCGGCCCGGACUGCGAGGCCGGGCUCCAGGGCCCCGGCGAAGGGGACCCCGGCCAAGGGGACCCCGGCCAAGGGGACCUUCCUGAGCCGCGGUCGCCCCCCGCCGCCCCCCCUCGCGCUCCCCCGCGUCGUCCCGGGGGUUCCGGCCCCCCCCCCAUCGCGGACCCCGGGUGGGCCGGGAUGGCCUGGGCCUCGAGCCGGGACCCCGAGGUGUACUCAGAGUGCAGGAUCCCCCUCGUGGGGGGCCUGCCAGCGCCGCUCCCCGCGCCGUCGCUCCCCGUCGCCUCUCCCGACGGAGCCCCCCACGGCGAGGGGCGACCCCAUCCACCGGUCUCCCCCCUGGCGCUGUCCCCUCCGCCGGUCCCCCUCCCGGGACGACUCCAGCUCGACCCCGACCCCUAGCGUGACGACUCCACCUCGACCCCAACGCCAGUUGACUGCUACGGUUGUCAUGGCGCUGCAGGGCGCUCGUCGUGCCACGCUGGGAGGCGCCACCACCACCACCGCUGCCACCACCGCUGCCACCACCACCACCACCACUGCCACCACCGCCGCCACCACAACCGCCACCACCGCUGCCACCACCGCAACCACAACCGCCGCCACCGCCGCCACCACCGCCGCCACCACAACCGCCACCACCGCCGCCGCCGCUGCGUGGUUCUUAGCCCUUCGAAUAAUUUUAAUAAAUGUUUGACCAUGACGCCGGCGCACCAAAUGGCCGUGGUACCCGUGUCGUGGUCACUGCGUGCACGCGAGACGGCAGCGUUUACCAGGGGCGGCCUGCCGAGCACCAACCGCGAGACCGCCGCGGCGAGCGGCCUACAGCGGGAUCGCGUUACCCGGUGUGUAGGCCUCGGCAAGGUAAGGUCAAAGUUAAGAGGUAAAAACGAGCCUACCUUUACCCUACCUUUUACCUUACCACAAUACAAUCACUCUACCCUACCUUUUACCCUUUAGCAGGUAAGGUAAAAGGUAAAAAGUAACGAGCCUACCUUUACCCUACCUUUUACCCUUACCCCAUGCAAAUUACCCGAUUACAGGGUAAUUACUGGGGUACUACUACACAUGAACAAGGUUUAUAACGGUAAAUGCUGUGAGGUUGAUCGCAUUCUUCAUAUAGAAUACUCUCGAUUCUAAUUUUACACGCUUGUUCUUGUCGUUGUUGUCAUUGUUGUCGUUGUUGUCGUCGUCGUUGUCGUAUCCUCAAAUCUUAUAACUCAAUUUUAACCCACUUCCUAAUGUGGUAUCGACUGCAAACUUGGUAUACUUACGUCAUACUGAUGACAAUACUAUAUUCUAUAAAAAAAAGAUAUAUUUUUAAACAUUCUUUUUUAUAUGUUAUGUUUCGGCUUGGGUCUAAUUGUCCACGCUCAACUGACGUUGGCUGUAUUUGGCCACGGUCCCUUACAUGAUGGCAAACUUCGGGGCCACUUCCUGGAGUUUUGGAGUUCUGCCAUUACUAGUACAUUUCAUAAAAGCGUGUUUAAAAAACAGUUUUUACUUAUUAAAUGGAGGCCACGGACUGCGCCACGGAGCUUCUAGCGGUAAACAAGGCACCGUAUUUACCGGGUAAUACUUUGCGCUACCUUUACCCUACCGGGUAAUUCUUCCUUCUUCUUCUUUAGUGCUGCCUAACGGCGUGUGCGACUUCACGAUGAUAUUGGUCCCGGUCUAGCACGGCGUGUAGAGUUUGUGCUGUUGUUAAUUGUAGCCAUGUUUUGAUGUUACUGAGCCAUGUCGUUUUUGGCCGUCCUGGUCGUUUUUUCCCUUCGAUUUUUCCUUCCAGGAUUUGCUUUAAUAGCUGGUAUUUGUGGUCGUUUCGGGCAAUGUGGCCUAGGUAGUAACACUUCCUGCUAAUGAUGGUCUUCAGCAGUUGCCUGUCAGUGCCCAUAUCUUGCAGAACUUGUGUAUUGGUGGUUUUGGCUGUCCAUGGGAUUUUCAGCAUUCUUCGAUACAGCCACAUCUCGAAAGCUUCGAGCCUUUUUGUUGCUGUUGUUGUCAAUGUCCACGUCUCUACUCCGUACAGCAAAAUUGACCAGAUGUAGCAUUUCAGUGUGCGCAGUUUCAGUGAUGUACUCAAGUUGCGGUCUGCAAGGAGUGUUUUCCAUUUAAUAAAUGCUUGCCUUGCUUGUUCAA